AUGAUUCCCUACGAAAUAUUAUUUUUAUUUAGAGUAAUGCCUAAGCCAGAGUUAACUUCUGCACUGAAGAGAGCCGCAAAUACAAUUUUUCAAAAAGGGGGUAUAAUUAGAAAGCUUGAACAUUUAGGUACAAGGGACAUGCCUUACAAAAUAAGCGUUCAUGGUGUACCCUAUAGGAGUGCAAGUUACUUCUUGUAUGAAUGUAACAUCCCUCCAGCCAAGAUAGAGGAUAUCCUUGAUGAAUACAAUAGAGACGUAGAUGUAAUCCGAAGGAGAAUAUUCAAGAAAAAUGUGCCAGAAACGUUUGAAUGUACAUUACAUGAAGAAUGCCUUCCUCCACCUUACCGAAAAGAUGUGCAAGAACUGAUUCAACAAGCCAGGAGGUCUGACAAACCCAAAUUUAAAUAUAACACAGGAUUGGAUUAUUAUCCAUUCCAAAAGUAG